CUCACACUGACGUCUGUACACCUAUGACCGCCGAUGAAUAUAGUAAAGUCACAGGCCGUGUUAAGUGACUACGGAAAAAAUAGGCAGUUGCUCGAGGCAUCUGUACAUACACCCAAGGCCUGUCAGAAAUACGACGUAUGGUCCAGUCCGUUGGGUGGCAGCAGUCACCGUUAGCCGCGUCCGACUGGUGACUGUUUUCCGCCGGAAGAAGCAGGACAACAUUAGCUUGAAAGAUUUAGCGAUUGUUAAUACUUUUAAAGAUCGGUGUUUCCAGGUGGGACCUUGUCUCCAUGCGGACGACACUUUGAAGUAACGUCGGUAAUAUUACCGGACUGAAUACUUGAAGUCUUAUUGUCCAGCUUUAAGGUGUCGUAAUGCUAAUGUUAGCCAAUACUCAGUGGUUAGCUAACAGCUAGCUAUCUUACGUCUUUGCUCAACUUUUGUGUUUUCCCGAUAAACAGGCAUGCUGUAGGUUGUAUUUUGUCAAGUACAGUUUGUUGAUCCACCUAACACACCUAUCUAAUACAUUAACAGUAUUAUAGUGUCGCCUAAUGUUUUGUAGAGACAUUGUGAACUAAAAAGUAAAAGCAAACACCCGACUUAGCUUGAUGCUAAGAUGCUGCAGCAAGACAGUUGAAGCGCCCAUACUUACAUAUACAAUAGGACCCCGACUUUGAGUGAAAUAUCAGUAAACUUGAAACCUGUAAUAGCAGAAAUUAGUCACUCCUUAUGGCUGCUUUUGGCUUUACUCCUGCCAGCCAGCAGGAUGUUUUCAGCAUUGAAACAGGACAAUCCAGCUCUAAAACAGUCAGUGUGCUUAGUGGAGAAGAGGCCAGGCAGUUCUAUGAAAACCUAAUUAACGAUGGCACAAGGCAAGAUGGAUCAAGGAGGGCAAAUAGCAAGAAGAAUGGCAGAGAACAUCACAUGAGACAAAAGAACAGAGAGUCCAGUAGAAGACUGAGGAGGAGAGUCCGUGCUGCUGGAGCUCAGCAGAGUCCAACUGAUUCUGAAGUGCACAGAGGAAUUAGAGGUGAAGGUGAAGACGACCAAAGAAGAGACACAAGCACCUCAGAGAGAUCUGCAGAACUAAAGGGACUCCGGCUGUUGCGCUGUGCCCACGAAGGUGACGUCUCUGGCAUCAAAGAGCUGGUCACAAAGGGAGUCGAUAUCAACUUUCAGGAUACUUUCUUCUGGACGGCUGUGAUGUGUGCCAGCUGGUCAGGACAAAAAACUGCAUUGAGUUUCUUGCUAGACCAUGGAGCCGCCUGGGUUGGAGUGGUUGAUACACAAGGCAGGGAUGCCAAAGACCUAGCACAAGAAGGCCACAGUGAGGUGUUGGAGGAGUUGUUGAACUAUGGGAGAAGUACACAGAGAGAAACACAAUCUAAUAGCAGAAACCUCCAGCCUCAGUGGUGUGAAAUAUGUCGUAGUGACUACCGCAGCAGUUUUUCAUCUCAUCUCUCCUCCACUCUGCAUCAGUUCAGUCUGCGGCGUCCUCCCCCCGCCCCCUACUACUGCCUCCCGCCCUCCAGCAACAGCUACAAGAUGAUGGUUCGUUGCGGAUGGAAACCAGGAACCGGACUGGGGCCCGAGGGAGAGGGGCCGAAGCAGCCAGUGCCCACUGUGUUGAAGAGGGACCAGAAAGGUCUGGGCUACGGACAGAUGACACGAGCUAAAGUUACUCACUUCAAAGCAAGGGAUGGUGACGCUGUGAAACCACUGCCCAGGGAGAACGAGGAGAGGGGACGGAGAGAACAGAAGAAGGAAGAAACCAAGAAAAAAGAGCAAAAAGAUAAAAACUGGGAAAGAGAUUUUCGUACCUCUUUUUAUCUUUGACACCUUCCCUGUCCCUCAGACUCACUGUAUGUCAGCAAGAGAUAAGAUUAGAACACAAGUUGAACUGUCAAGAUAUAUUUGGAGGUGUUUUCCGUAUAAUUUUAACAUUAAUGCCGCGACUCCACCUCAGAGCCGCUGACGUUGUGUCAAUUUACGGAUUUAACUGUGCCAGACCUGCAGGUUGUGCAAUGACCAAAUGUGGCAAAAGUGAUUGAUUUCACCUUUAUGCUGAGUGUGUUUUCUGUCUGAUUGAUGCUCAGUGCUGACCAACUAAGACAACCUCAAACAAGUUCAUAAUUAGUUUUUAUUUGUGUUUAUCAAAACAUACACAAAACUUUCUGAUCUAACGAACAUCAUUGAGAACGCUGGUUGUUGUUUCUUCAUUCAAGAGCCUUAAUGAAAUUUUUGUAUGGUAUUAAAAUAAAGACAAUUUAUACGAUUUUGAAGAUA